CUUUGCUUAAUUUGAGACAACAUUGCGGCUGAAAAGUUGCAAAGCAAUUUCUUUUUAACUCCCCUAGAUGGCCAUGACUUUUUUACACAAGCGAGUGACGAAGGAACAAAAGUACAUUUUUUCUAAAGCGAAGAUGGUGCGCAGCAUUUUCUCACAACGGUAUAAUUACGCCAAAAUACGCGUUAACGAGGCGUUGGACGAUGUCUUUCGGCGCAUACCAAUUUUUCCGAAAAUCGCGAAGUUGCCGAAGCUUAAGCGCACCUACUACAUUGCGACACCGAAGCCGAUGGCCGAGAAGAAGAACAAGUUAAAGCCGAAGUACAAGAAAUUGCUGCCUUCCUCGGAAUGGUAUGACAGUGAUUUCAUACCGAUGACAACGCGCUAUGAACUCGAAAUAAUUUUGGAUACACCGCUUAUGGAACGCCAUUCGGGACACAAUUCGAAAGGCACCUUCAGUCAUGUCUAUUGGAAGCCAGCCGAAGCGGAUGAACCGCAAACCAAUGCGCAGCUUACAGCAGCGGCCAAUGCCAGCGGUGAGUUGACGAGCAAAACUCAAGCUGACAAAUCGCUAUCGAUUGCGCAACCGUUGGCAGCAACAACAAUAACAACCAGCAAUGCACUUACAGCGACAAGUACUUCAACGCAGUUCUCACAUGGUUACAGUAUAAAAAAGGAGCCCUCCGAGCUAGCAUCAACGAAAUUGCCUGAUGCGCCCAAAAGUUUGGCGGCCACCAGGGAAUCGCACGAUUUCGAGUUUGCAGUGCCGGAACUGAGCAAGCGUCGGCGCAAUAAGCAUCUGGAGAAGAGCUACGAAUGCGAGCAGUGCCACAAGAAGUUCGAUCGUCCUUGGGUGCUGCAUGGCCACAUGCGUCUGCAUACCGGCGAGAAACCGUUUGUGUGCCCGGUGGAAUCGUGCCAGAAGCGCUUCGCCGAUCGUUCAAAUUUGCGAGCUCAUCAGCGCACCAAAGGCCAUCACAACUGGAGCUAUCAGUGUCCGCAGUGCACCAAGGCAUUCAGCCAAGAGAACUAUUUAAGUCGUCAUAGCUUGGAGGCGUGUCGUAAAUUUUUAGCCUCGCAUAGAAACGGUUGAGUUGCAAGCAAAGUUGAAUUUUUGUUUUGU